GGUGUACUGGAUAUUGUAUGGUACCACCGAAUACGAGAUACGGCGCAAGUAAUGGCGUUUGAUGGUAUGGGAGGGCAGUGGCUGCUUCAGUUAACAAAUGGGUUUGUUUCUUAAUUGUGGGCUAUCGACCAAAGUAGUUCUACUGCAAAAUGUUAAUAAGUGACUUCGAUAACUGCUGUAAAUGAAAAAUAGGAAUUACUGUUGUAUCACGGAGCGAUUGCGUCUGGAAUCUGUCAGAUAAGAGUAAUUUUUGGUUAGGAACAUUAUUGCAUUCAUAUGUUGCGGAUAGCGUUGUAAAAGGUGUAAGCUGUUCGAGAGCCCAAAUCCAUUGGGUCCCAACAAUGUCUCUCCCUAGUCGGGCACGUGUGUAUGCUGAUGUAAAUUCUCAUAAACCACGAGAGUAUUGGGACUAUGAAUCAUAUGUAGUGGAUUGGGGGCAGCAGGAUGACUAUCAGUUAGUACGGAAGCUUGGCCGUGGAAAAUACAGUGAAGUGUUUGAAGCCAUCAAUGUAACAAACAGUGAAAAGUGUGUCGUGAAAAUUCUGAAACCAGUGAAAAAGAAGAAAAUAAAACGAGAGAUAAAGAUUUUAGAGAAUCUGAGAGGUGGAACGAAUAUCAUCACCUUACAAGCUGUUGUGAAAGAUCCAGUUUCAAGAACGCCUGCCCUCAUAUUUGAACAUGUUAAUAACACGGACUUCAAACAGUUAUAUCAGACAUUAACAGACUAUGACAUCAGAUACUACUUAUACGAGUUACUGAAGGCUCUGGAUUACUGCCACAGUAUGGGCAUCAUGCACCGCGAUGUAAAGCCUCAUAAUGUUAUGAUUGAUCACGAAAAUCGUAAACUACGCUUGAUUGACUGGGGACUGGCAGAAUUUUAUCAUCCAGGACAAGAGUACAAUGUCAGGGUGGCUUCACGAUACUUCAAAGGCCCGGAGUUACUAGUAGAUUAUCAGAUGUAUGACUAUUCAUUGGAUAUGUGGUCUUUGGGCUGCAUGCUAGCAAGUAUGAUAUUCAGAAAGGAACCUUUUUUUCAUGGUCAUGAUAAUUAUGAUCAACUUGUACGAAUUGCUAAAGUUCUUGGAACUGAAGAACUGUCUGAGUAUUUAGAAAAAUAUCACAUAGAACUGGAUCCUAGGUUUCACGAUAUCUUAGGCAGGCAUUCUCGGAAGAGAUGGGAAAGAUUUGUGCACAGUGAAAACCAGCAUUUGGUGUCUCCAGAAGCUUUGGACUUUUUAGACAAACUGCUACGAUAUGAUCAUUAUGAACGGCUAACAGCACGAGAAGCUAUGGAGCAUCCUUAUUUCUACCCUAUUGUCAAGGAACAAGGUCGUCUGAAUAUGGUUUCAUCUUCACCUACUCCCAUAGCAGGCUCAGGGCCUGUAGUUGGUCCUCCUAUGACUGGCAAUUCAGUGGUGAGUGGACUAGUGCCGAGUUCCCCAAUCAUUUCUCCAGGAGCCGUUCCAUUGCCAAGUGGGGCACUGCAGCCAUAAAGUACAUUCUAGUGCUCAUGAAAUCAGUUGUUUUCAGAUCGAGUGCACUUCUGAGUAACAGCAACUACUCAAUAGACACAAAAGAUCAAACUCCCUUCGUGUGGUAUUAUCCACAGCCUUUCCUCCCACUUAUUACUUCAUUAAGAAUUUUAUGGAAGUAAAUUUCAGUGUUACUUCAGUUACUCGAUGUUGGCUGAUUGAAAUUAAUCAGAAAUAAAAUCUGAACAGUUGAUUUUGUUUCAUAUUUUAUUGGAGGUAUUGAGAACAGUCUAAUUUAUUGUAAUUUUUUUAAGUUCUGUGUUACGUUGGUGAAGAGAUGUGUGAAUGUUUAAAAACAAUGUUAACUGAUUUCUAUGUGAGAUUUGCUUUAAAAUGAUAAUACAAGUAUACAAAUAAAUAAUUUGGCUUCUGCAGCGCACCUGUAAUGAGUGGUAAAGUGCUACUGUGGAAAAAGAAGACUGGAACAUUAAAACAGGCAAUAAGUUCUUUGUUAGCUGUAAAUUUUUCCAAUUGAAAGGAGGCAUGAUUUCUUUGUGGUUUUGUCUCAGUUGUAUAGGAAAGAUGGAAUAAAGUUUCUGUAAGAAUGGAAUGCAGCUACAUUGUGUUACUGUAACUUAAUGGGCCACUUUUCCAUCGAGUUAUGAUAACUCUUAGAGUAUUCUACAGUGCAUGACGCGUAAAAAAUACUUCAAAGAUUAAUGCUCAUUCCAUUUUAUAAUUUGCAUUCCUUAUCUUUCCUUUACUGUUGUAACACUUUUCAUUUCUUUGAAGUCACUUAUUUACACAGAGAAAAAGUAAUGAGGUGUUGUAUUUAGUGAUCAAAUGUUGCACCUGACCUCAUUGCUUGAAAAUAAAUGAAACCUGCCAUUAGUUUCCAUACUGUGACAUUUUGCAAAUGUGUCCUCUUGGUACAGAAAUAGUUAUAGACAUUGUUGAGGUAAUGUGUAAUUUAUUAUUUGCUCGACCCCCAAAAUGAUUUCCAUUGAGAAAAGCUGUCUUACAAACGUAGUCCAUAUUUUAUGUUUGAGAGACUGCUUUGAGCUCUGUUCACAAAGUUUUCAUUUUUUAUGUACAAAUUAUGAAGUUACUGAAAACUGUAUUUUCUUUUUGUAAGUGUCUGGAAAUCCACAGAACAUUACUUUUACAUCCUACUCGUCUCAAUAUGUUACUACCUUCAUAAAAUUGGAAUAAAGUAGACAGUAUUGUUAGCUGCAAAAACAAUUUGUAAUCUUUAAAUGACUGUUUUGUGAUCCAAAACAUCUAAAGCUAAUAUCAAAGUAAUUUGGUUACAGAAUACUAAUAAAUGUCAUAAAUCACUGGAAUGUGAGUAUAAAUUUCAGAGAUGUUUUUGCAGCUUACUACCGUGACUGCACUGGAACAAUUUUGACCUAUCAUUUGGCUUUUACUGUUUCAUUUUAGAAGUGGUUAACUUCACUGUGUAUGGCAGCAGUUGUAAUAUUUGUAAUAAAGUUUUUCAUGUACAGUA